AUGGCAAAUCUGAAGCUAACUAAUCAACUAGAUGAGAAGAAGGUGGAUGCCACACUAUACAAGCAAAUUGUAGGGUCUCUAAGAUACAUUUGUAACAGUAGACCUGAUAUUAACUAUGGAGUCGGGCUGGUGAGCAGGUUUAUGAGUGAUCCUAGACAAUCCCAUCUUGCUACUACCAAACAUAUAUUGCGUACCUGCAUGGAAAUUCUUGAUGAAUUGAAGAUUGAAUGUAGCAAGCCAAUACGGCUAAUGGUGGACAACAGAUCAACCAUUAGCCAGUCCAGAAAUCCUAUCUCUCAUGGCAGAAGCAAGCACAUAGAGACCAAGUUCCACUACCUAAGAGAGCAAGUUAGCAAAGAAAAGUUGGAAUUAGUGUACUGUCCCAUAGAAGAACGGGUUGCAGACAUUUUCAUCAAAGCUUUAGGCAGAAUAGGUUUGAGAAGUUGA